UUUCCCUUCUGCAUCUACAGAGAUAGAUAAGAAAAUUUUCCUACACUAAAAAGAAAACAGCGGAAGAACGAGACCCCUCCCUGACUAUGCCGUCUCAAUCCCUUAUCAAUUCCUAACAACACUCUACCAUACUCUGCUACCCAUAUCCAUUGCCCAUGCUCGUUCUUUUUUUUAAAAUCAAAUCCACCCAUUUACUCAAUUUUCAAAAUUUAUCACUGUUGUAUCAGUAUUCGAGCAAAUUAGACUAACUUAUAUAUGUUUGAUAAUUCAAGGUUGAUACUCGAUUGUUGUUGUUGAAUGCUGUUGCUCUUCAUUUGGACAAAACUGUAAGCCCGAAGUUUCUCUAAUCUGGAAGAAAUUUUUGCCAUUGAGAAGGGUGGUUGAUUUGUGGUUCUUAAGAUAACUCAUCCAUACAACACAAGGUUAAAGAACAAGGUAGUCAUGACUGUAAAAAAGUUGGAUACAAGAGUUGUUGACCCAUCGAGGGAGUUUGUGGACUCGGAGUCUGAAUUGAAAGGGGAGGUCCAAAUGUUGAAACAAUAGAUGGUAGAAAUGUAUCAGUCUUGGGUCAGGGGGCAUCAUCCAAAUUUAUUCCCUGCUAACUACACUGAAAACCCUACAACUAUCCCACCACUAUCACAAAUCCAGCUUCCCACUGCUGCUGAUAUCACCCCACAACCUUCUCACACUCUACUCGCCAAAAACACCACAUAUCCCGCUCCUUUGGCCACUCAUGCUCUUGUAGCUCCUCCUCCAGCUAUUUUUCCUCGAUACUCUAACGAGACUGUGUUCAAAGUUCCCGAUGCCCAACACUAUGCUCCAGAACCAACUUUUAAAGACUCGGAUCCAUACUCUCACGCUUCUCAUUUUGAGUCUCCCGGUGAGACUGCAGAGCCUGCUAAGAUAGUAGAGCAAGAUGAGAUAUCCAGAAAGCUUAAAGGGUUUAAGAUGCAAAAGUUUCAUUUGUAUGAUGGGCGUGGAGAUCUAGUAGCCCAUCUAAAGGGUUAUUGCAGUAGAAUAAGAAGUGUUGGCGGGAAAGAUGAGUUGCUGAUGACAUAUUUCAAUGAGAGCCUGACUGGGGCAACUUUGGAAUGGCGUACUCGUCAAGAUGUCGGUUUGGUCAAAGGAGCCAAUGAGCCACUUGGUGAAGUUAAUGAUAUUGAAAUUGGUAGUGGUCUUAGUAAUAUUGAUGUGAAACUCAGUGGCUAA